AUGGGGUUGACUUCCUUCCAGUUCAAAAAUCCGCCGAAAUAUGUCCUAGCAUGCAUUCUAUGCUCAGCAAGUGGAAUCCUCUUCGGAAUGGACACGGGUAUUAUCGGCCCGGUCACCGACAUGAAGGACUUCAAGGUCUCAUUCGGUAGUCAAAACUCCACGAUCCACGGCCUAAUCGUCUCAUGCAUCUUAAUUCCAGCAGCACUCUCAUCCUUCUUCGCUGGUUAUGUUGCCGAUCGGCUUGGUCGCCCGAAGGGGAUCUGCAUCGGGGUUUUUAUCUUCGGUGUGGGAGCCGCAAUAGAAGGCGGAGCCGUCGCUCUGUCCAUGUUCAUCGUUGGCCGCAUUGUGGAAGGCCUUGGAGAAGGACUUUUCCUUGGAAACCUUGUCGUCUUGAUCUGUGAAAUCUCACCAACUAGCACUAGAGGCGCCCUGACAACUGGUCCGCAACUCGCCACUACCCUAGGUUUGGUCAUGGGGUACUUUAUCAGUUACGGAACUUCGGGCCUCCGCUCGUCGCUAUCAUGGCGCAUGCCGUUCAUCCUACUUGCCGCAUUCUCUAUGAUCCUGUGUGGACUGUCACUUCUUUAUUUACCCGAGUCGCCUCAGUGGCUAGGUCUUCAUGGUCGCUAUGAUAAGGCUGAAGAGGCGUGGGAUAAAUUGGGUGUCAGUCGCGCAGAGCGUGAAAAGGUUGUAUUGCAAGUGAGGGCACAAGAAGUUGACCCUGACGAGGUGGUCAAAGAUGGUACCAUGGAUAAGCUUCUUGCUAUCUUCUCCAAAGAUGUCUUGGGUCGGACUAUCCUUGCGGUAUUUUUGAUGGGUAUGCAGCAAAUGAGUGGUAUUGAUGGAGUCCUUUAUUUAUUUCAAAAGGCCGGCCUUGCCUCAUCGGAAGCAAGUUUUCUGGCCUCUGGAGUGUCAGCGCUUGUGAUUUUCGCUGUCACUAUCCCGGGGUUGAUCUACGCUGAUAAAUGGGGCCGCCGAGCCAGUAUUAUCUAUGGGGGGCUUGUAAUGGGAGUGUUGAUGUUUUUGAUGGGCAGUCUUUACGCUGGAAACGCCGUCCAUAAGGCUUCUGGCGCCGGCCGCUGGGUUGUCAUUGUCUGCAUCUACCUUUUUUCUGCUCUUUACUCUGUCACCUGGGGUAUCUCUGUCAAAGUCUAUGCCGCGGAGAUUCAACCCCAGCGAACACGAGCAUCAGCUACUACAUUGGCUCAUUCAAGUAACUGGGUCUGCAACUUCUUGGUGGCUUUGACGACACCUGUGCUCCUUGCAAAGAGCAGCUUCGGUGCGUACUUUUUGUUCGGCGGAUGUUGUGUUAUUACGGUCGUUGUUGGUGUCAUCUUCAUGCAUGAAACACAAGGUCGGACAUUUGGGGAGAUUGACGAGGCCUUUAAGGGCAGGUCACCGGGUUCAAAGAACAGGUUUCGCCGAGGUAUGAGCCAAGCUUGA